CAAUUUCACUUCUUGGCGUUCACAUCGAGUUCACAGUCAACAGGCGGCGACAGCAUCGAACCCGAAACGGAUCUUCCAGCGCAGUUUCCUCAACAAUAUUGCAUUUCAUUUCUGUUUGCAGUUCCAUAAAUUAGACAAUUCCGUUCCAAAAAAAAUCGUUUUCGCGCUCAAAUUUCGCCGCCGUCUCAAUUUGUUUAGCUAGAACAUUAUCCUCGUACUCCUCUGGGUUUUAGCUCAAGAAAACGAACAAAAUGAUGAAGUUUGUGCAAAUUCUCCUGUGCUACGGCCUGUUGCUGACCAUGUUCUUUGCCCUGAACGAGGCGCGCCCCUCCACAGCCGAGGCGGGCGCUGAUACGGAUGCACUGGACACACCGGAUGUUGAGGAUGUGCGCGCCGCCUACGCCGGCUACGAGAUGCCCGCCCAGGCCAUAUAUCCCAAUAUACCCAUGGAUCGCCUGCAGAUGCUGUUCGCACAGUACAGGCCCACUUACAGCGCAUAUCUACGCACUCCCACCUACGGCAACAUGAACGAGCUGUAUCGCUCGCCCGAGAGCAAGCGCCAGGUGAGAUACAGACAGUGCUACUUCAAUCCCAUCUCGUGCUUCAGGAAGUAAGUUUUUGUGGAGAACCAUCACAAACAGCACAAACCAACUAACUUAAACA